AUGGAGCAACUUUCUACCUUGGCUAGGUAUUUUGAACGUGCUAUCAUCCCGCUUUGUGAUUUUUCGGCCAAUAUUGAGAAAUUAUAUGUCAAGCAUAUGAAGCUGAGUGAGACAAUCAUUGCGCAAGUGACCAAUCCAGGCGGCGAUAUGGCCAUACGCAAUUCCCGCAGGGCCCUCAUCAAACAAUCGCAACAUCCUUUAAAUGGAUUGGAUGCGGCCAAACCAGUAUAG